CCAGCAAUAACAGUCGUAACAGUGUUCCCAAACGAGUCAUGGGCAUGCAUCAACGUACGCUAAGGAUCAGUUCCCUGAGUACCCCCACAUCUGCCAAGGUGUUAUUGCCGUCCGUGGUAGGCGACAUCCCGUGGGAUGACUGGGAUGCGUUGGGAAGUGGACCUGGAGAGUCGUAAACUUGCGAAUGUGUAGGAAAUAACAGAGGAGCAUGAAUCAUGUCGAGCUUCCUUAAGUACUGUCCACUACCCGUCUUUUUCCAGUUAGUCAAGCCUACCUUCUCAUAGAGGAAACUGAAUUCCACCUAACGUACACAUCAUGACAUCUACCAUCAGUGUGCUAGAUGCAAUCCACCCCUCACAAUUCUACACAGACGCCGAGCGCUUUGAAGCCAAAGAAGCAGCGCGUCGUUUACUAACUCGCCUUGAAACGCCAUUCGAGCAAGGCUGGAGACUCUCUUUCGAGACACCUGUGCUUAUAGCUGGUGUCCAGACUAUCCUUGACCUCGGCAUCUGGAAGAAAUGGAUGGAAGCCGACAAGAAGAACCCUGGUGCGCCAGUACACUUAGAUCAGCUACUUGAAUGGGCUAAUACGAAGGCUGAGCCGAACUUAUUGCGGAGGUUUCUGAGACACAUUGCCGCUCUUUAUGUUUUGGAGGAGACAGACGUCGAUACCUGGAAGCCUACACCCUACUCGCUUUCUCUCGGCGACACGGUAUCACAUACCGACCAGAUUACAAAAUGUGGCAUCGACCAUACCAUCCCGACCGGAUGCAACCUCCCAGGCUUUCUCAGAAAGUACAACUACCGCGAACCCAUCGACCUGACCCAGCUCGACAACUACCGCGACAUGACCAACGGGACAGACUUCUUCGCCACUUGCGCAGCGGAUCCACAGGGCAAGGGAAGUAGUUUCAUGGGCCUGAUGACCGCAUUGCGAAACCACAAGAUGGACUGGACCGAUGUGUACGACACCAGCCGAAUCGUCAAUGGCGCAGAAAUAGAAACAGGGAAGCCGUUGUUCGUGGACAUUGGUGGCGCUCACGGCCUCGAUACUUCGCGUCUGCUUGACAAGCAUCCCGAUUUGCCUGCCGAUGUAUUGAUCCUGCAAGAUACCCCAGAAGUCGUUGCGAUGCCGAUCGAAGACUUGGACAAUAGGAUCGUGAAGCAGGCUUACGACUUCUUCACCCCACAACCCCAAUUGCAUGCGCGCGCCUACUUCUUCCACGCCGUACCGCAUGACUGGCCUGACGCUGACUGCGUGCGAAUGUUCUCCCAAGUCGCCGCAGCGUUCAAGCGGGGAUACUCCAAGCUCUUGAUCUACGAGGUCGUUUUGCCGAAGAAGGGUGCGACGAACUUGAUGACGACACUUGAUCUGCAGCUCAUGAACUGUACGAGUGGAAUGGAGAGGACGGAUGAGCAUUGGGCGAGGUUAUUGAAAGAAGCAUGGUUCAGGAUUGUGGACAUUAGUCGGCAUCCGAGAGCGGUGGAGAGCGUUAUCGAGGCGGAAUUGAUAUAGAUGUGCGCUUGUCGCUCCAGAUAAAUUCGAACUUCAAGUUACCAUGCCAGUUGAAUGCAUACCCUGAUCGGAUGGUUUUUCCCAUACAGCCCAGCAUCUUCAGCUCCGUUUUACUACUCC